GCAAUUUCCGCUGCUUAUGUCCCUGCAGAAAUGUUUAGAAAGGCUUCAGCAAAGGGGGAGAGCUGAAGAGAAGAACGUCCAGCUGGAUUACCUGGAGAAGCUCCAUUCUCAGCAUGAGAACUGGCUGGUGAACAAGUCCACUGAACUCCACUUUGAUCAUCUGAAGACCGUUCCAGUGUUGGUGUUGGAUGUUAAUGAGGAGUUUGAGAAUGAUAAAACACGACAAGAAGCGCUUCUGAAACAGGUAAAGGACUUUGCGAGUACACUAAAGCUGGGAAAUUGAAACACGCUGUGCAUUCUUUGCAGCAAUGUCGCUCAGGCCAAGAAAAGAUUUAGUUACCGUGUUGGUGCACAGCUGGGGAGAGGCACCUCUGUCUGGGAAAAGGCCGUGCGGGAGUAGAUUCUUGCAAGUCACCAAUAGCACCUUCUACGGAAACCGGACAGUAACAAUUUCACAGUGGUUCACAAGAUCACUGACAACCCUGUUACAUUAUUUGAUACGUUUUGUUUCUGAUUUUCUCAUCUAUCGUUACAUUUUGGCUGGCAGGGCAAGAGGUGAAGAAAAUAUUUAAACUGUGCAUUUUCCCUUAUCCAGCCCUUUCCACGACAUACUUAGAACAGUUUGGUAGAGUUGCCAUAGAAAUCCAUAAAUGGAUAAAACAAGAAGUAACUGGGGUUGAUGUUUUCUAAUAUUUAUAAUACUUUCCUAAUGGUCUGUACAUCAAUUUUGAGUUAACAUCAUUUAAUAGUUCCUCUUAGCUCUUUAUCCUUUUUUUCCCUCUCCAAUUUACAGUGUUAAAGCAGUAAAGGCUAUGAGGAUCCACUCCAUUCAAUGCAAUUUGCAUUCUCAAGAUCUCGUUAUAUUUAAUUUAUAAUUGCUGCCGGCAGGAACCUCAGUAAUCCACAAGUGACCUUCAUAACGUUCCUUUGUAUCGUACCUCAGGACCUGCACCAGAGCCUGUCUAGUGUCCCCUCCCCAUUCUACCUUGUAUCCUUAAGCCCUGCACACACGCGGAGCUCAAUCUCCAGCGUGGAUGUUAACCGAUACCAGCAGACGUGUAACGUAUCAGUAUUGUCCUUAUCAAGACCCCUUUGUAGUAGCCCUUAACGUUCCGUUUUGUUGUAGUGAUGUGCAUUCCAUUCCUCUUUAAAGAAGAAUGUGUAUCAUACAGUCUUUUCUUGGCGAUUGGUUGCAUGUUGUGCUGUGUAGUGUUACAGAUGGCUGUUUAGAAUGUGCUUUGAGCACAGAGGUCAGAUUAGAUAAACUGUAAGUAGACUAGAAAAUACUACUGAAUUAAGCAAAAGUAUAGAUCAUCAUGUCCUGCUUUGUAACUAUCUCCAAGAAUGACAAUAAACUUUCUAUGAUUAACCCAUUGUGCAGAUUCACAAU